AUGCAGGAAAUGGACGUUUUGAUUCUCGGAGCCGGCUGGACAUCGACCUUUCUGAUACCACUACUCAAAGCUCGUAAUUUGACAUAUGCUGCAACAUCUACGACGGGACGCGACGGAACCAUCAAGUUCAAGUUCGACCCUGACAAUCCGGACCCGACCUACUUUAUUGAUCUGCCUGCUGCUCGCAACAUCUUGAUCACAUUCCCACUCACUGGCGAAGGUCCUGCUCACAGACUUGUGUGGUCUUACAACUUUACACAUCAACGCGUGGCAUCAAAUGUCCGGUACCUGCAGCUGGGGUCGACCGGCAUUUUCCAAAUCGAACAAAAGACGACAUGGGUCGACCGACACUCAGACUACAACAAGGAGAAUGCACGAGCAAUUGCUGAAGACGAGCUGAUGUCCAUGGGCGGAUGUGUGCUUAACCUCGCAGGAUUGUGGGGUGGAGAGAGACAGCCAAAGUCGUGGGUUGGCAGGGUUGCCACCACCAAGGAUCAGGUCAAGAGCAAGAAGAGUUUGCAUUUGGUGCACGGCGAGGACGUAGCACGCGCAAUUCUGGCGAUCUUCGAUAAAUGGGAGAAGAACAAGGCAUCGGGUACCCGCUGGAUGCUUACUGAUGGCCAAGUCUACUGCUGGUGGUCGCUGUUUGUAGGAUGGGCCAGGGAAGGAAAGCAUGUGGACGAAGAGCCUAGCAAACAGAGCCAGUGGGUCUAUGAGCUGAUGGAAGAAGAGGGUGUCAAGGCAUUGCCGAGAGACAUGGAGACGCUGGGCAGAUGCUACGACAGCCGCGACUUUUGGAAGACUUUUGGCCUCACUCCUCUCAGAAGCAGAAUUUGA